UAUAUCCUUUCGUCUGCGCACAACCUGUUUAGUAGGCUAGAAAAGCAGCAGCCGUGAACCGGCAGAAGAAAAGGCAUCUGCUUCCACCACCACUUCUUUUCUCCCGAUCGGCAUAAAGAAAAACCAGGCAAGGGCGGAUCGCCUUACUGUUCUCCCGUCGAUAUGUCGUUGCUCCGAUCCUCUUCGAAUGCUUCCUCUGGGAUGGGUGUUGCUGAUGAUUGCAAAAAUAUCUUCUUAGAGCUUCAGAGAAAGAAGACGCAUAGGUAUGUGAUUUUCAAGAUUGAUGAAAAGCGAAAAGAAGUUAUUGUGGAAAAGGUUGGGGCUGCUACUGAGAGCUAUGAUGAAUUUAUGGCUUCUCUGCCUGAAAAUGAUUGCCGUUAUGCUGUCUAUGAUUUUGACUUUGUUACUGAGGAGAAUUGUCAAAAAAGCAAGAUUUUCUUCAUUGCCUGGUCUCCAGCUGUUUCUCGAAUCAGGGCUAAGAUGCUGUAUGCAACCUCCAAAGAUCGAUUCAGGAGAGAAAUGGAUGGUGUCCACUAUGAAAUUCAGGCUACUGAUCCAACAGAGAUGGAACUCGAUGUUCUUCGGGAACGUGCGCAUUAAAGCAGAUCUUCAAAAGGGCGAGCUGGAACUCGAUGUUCUUUGAGUUAGCUUCAUGUCCAUUCGUUGCUCGCAGCUAUCUCAGAACACUAUUAAAUAUGUACAACUUUGCCAUGCUACUUGAUUCUGUUAUUCAUGUAUUAUCUGAAGCUUACAUUGGUCGUUGAUGAAACCGUGUGAAUUGAUACCGGAUCUCUGAGACUUGUUUACAUGAUUAUUGUUCCUGCUCA